AUGGAUUCGUCUCAGAAAGUUAAAGCGCCUAGAUAUUCGGCAACUCAGUGGGAAGCGCAGAAAACAAAUGUUGAGAGGCUGUACAUCGAGGAAGACAGGCCGUUGAAAGAAGUUAUCCAGAUUCUGGCUCGAGAGUUUGGUUUUCAGGCAAGCGAAAAACAGCUUAAAAGUCGACUCCCAAAAUGGGGCUUCGACACCAAGAACCUGAAAGGCGACAUCAUGGUCCAGCUCGCUCGAGCCAAAGCCAAACGCAAACUCGAGAACAAGGAAAGCUCAUUUCGAGUUUCCAAGAAGACUGUCGAUGACCAGAAGAUUGAGCGGUAUCUUCGUAGGCAUGAAAUUACCGACGAGGAUUUGCUCGCGAUGGCUAGUCCUGUCGAUGCUCCAUCUCCUGCAUACAGCGUCUUUACACCUCAACCAUUCCGCUCACCUACGCCUGAUGCUCCCCUCAGCAUCGAUGCCGCCUUGCAGCGAUCACCUUCUUCCGGCCUAAACUUUCAAGCCCUUUCGAUCAAAGAAUCGCGACCUAUGAGUCCAAUUGUAGAAGGAAUGACAGAUGAAGACUUCGCCAAACUUCUAUCGGGAGAUGCACAACUCGACAAUGAAGACAUCGCCAUGGCUGGUAUACAGCAUUCAGCCCCCACGCUGACCCCCACCCCAAGCUCCAUAAUCCAUUUCAAUCUACCCAGUAUAGACACAGUCAUGAAAGUUGAGCUUAAGUUACAAGAUCCUCUCCAAAUGAUACACGAUGAAGCCAGAAAUGCCCUAGAUACACUUGAAGAACAGAUCAAUCCACCAUCAACUCCAGCCGAAGUACCAGGGCACGACAUAGUAGCGACAGCUCGCCGCAUCGCCAGUUUCCAUGGUUCGGUCGUAGAACGAUAUCUCGCGAAGAUCAUGCAUAGAUCGAGACUUCGUGAUCGAUUCGCUGACCAAUUUCAAGAUCCUGGGUUGAGACAGGUGUGGUAUUGUCAUGUCUGCCACGAAUACUACGCAUCAGACUUCCGAAGCUGUCCCACUUUUGAGCGUAGAAAGGAGGAGCAUGCAAGAGAGGAGUUGAAACGGAAGGGAUUAGUAUGCAUUAACUGCAAUAUGGAGAUAGCUCCUAAUUCAAGCUCAGGCUGGAGAUCGCAUUGUUUCAUGUGCUCGGUUCUGGAUAUUUGGAUGCAAGGGAAGGGUGCCGAGUCGAAUUCGAGUGAUGACUAUUACUGA